AUGGCCCUCCAGUCUCCAACGCUGCAGCCUUGCAUUGCACUUCUCGGAGGUCAAUUGGAAAUCACACGUGUAGCUCAUACAGAGGCAAUAUCAGCCAUCGACCAGGACGUCAUGUGCACACUGACACCAAAGUGGCGCCAGUACCUCAAGCGGAUUAUUCCAUCGUCCAAGAACGACCCGAAAGAUCGCAUCAUGAAGUCUACACCACCUCAAGACGAGAACCACACAGAGAAGCCGUUUCGCUUCCUCGACCUUCCUCCUGAGCAGCGGAAUCAGAUCUACAAGUACUGCCUCGUGCCACCGAGGAGGAUCAAAUGUGCAAGCGAACAUAAGGGACCUACGCAGACUCCCGUGUCCUGCGUCGACUCCUGGUACCGCAUGCUGAUGAACAUUCAUUACUUUCCAUUCAACCCACACAUACUCCGAACGUGUCGUGUGAUUCAUCACGAAGCCACAGCUAUGCUAUACGGCUUGAACAAAUUCUACAUCGGGUCGCGCCAUCUCGACCAAGCUCACCUGACAUGGACCAUAUUGGCCCCAACUCAUGAGCCCAUCAGGCGCAUUCGACACCUGGAGCUAGGACCACGGACACGAAAGGGCGAAGUUGCUGUACAUCCCGUCCUGGCUCGAGUGCAGAAUGCAGUAUCACUGGAGACGUUGAAGAUCGACUUCAUGUGGGUCGACUGUUUCAAGACCUCCGACUCGAUGGCCAAGGCCAUGCUUCUUUUGAAAAAUCAGCUCAAUCGUGCAAAGCGUCAGGAUGGAAUGCAGGAGUUGGACAUUCGGUUCCUGUAG